AUACUAUCUUUGAAGUAAGUCGGAACUGGGCACCUAUAACAUCCGGGGGAGCGGGGUUAUCUUAGUGAAACGUCAGCCUUCGCCGUAAAAAGUGCUUCAUAAAUACGUGGAAGAACAGAAGAACCUUUCGUGCACUAAGACAGAUAGAUAACAGACAGCCGCCAUGGAUCAGAUAAUGCAGUUUGUGGAACCCAGUCGGCAGUUUGUGAAGGACUCAAUCAGACUAGUGAAGAGGUGUACCAAACCAGAUAGGAAAGAAUUCCAGAAAAUUGCCAUGGCAACUGCAAUUGGAUUUGCUAUCAUGGGCUUCAUUGGAUUCUUUGUCAAACUCAUACACAUCCCCAUCAACAACAUCAUUGUUGGUGGUUGAAUUUCUGAGGAGCUGUACAGAAAAUUGGAAUUGUUGGGAGUGAAAGGUGGUGGAGGAGAAGAUUCUUUUUUUGCAAUCAGUGUACAUUUGUUAUUUGGUUAUAUAAUAAAUGAAAGGUGGAAAAAAUAA